AUGACCUAUGAUGUAACCUACUCGCUGGUUUGUCGUCUCCCUUGCCGUUUGCCGCCUUGCCGUCACUCCCAAAAAGCCUCCUUCAUCCCACCUUGUCGGUGGACUGAGGCUGCGGACGCCGCCGUCAAGGCGGCCAGGCAGAAGGCGGAAAAUGUGCAUGACAACUUGGAUCAUAGUGAUAAUAAUGGUGAUCCAAAGACUCCGAUUGGUCAAGGAGUUAAGCAGAUUAAGGAUGCCAAGGAUAAAGUUAAGCAAGUUGAUGACGCGCUUCAAGCUGUUCACACCGAUUUAGGUAACUGGAAAAAUGCGGCAAGCGGCGUCCUUGGCGCAGCGGUUGGCAAAGCAAGAGACGUGCAUGGGAAGUUGAACCCAGAUGAGACAGAUGAUCAGCAUAAAAUUGGUCAGAACAUUGAUAAGAUUCACACUUCCAACGAAGCGAUUAAAGAAGCAAAUAUAACGCUUGGUAAACAAGUCGGCAGUCUGCAUUCUUGGAUCAACACCGCGGAGGACAUCCGCAGUAAAGCUGAGCAAAAGGCCAAAGAAGCCUAUGAGAAGUUGGACGUUCACGCCGAAUUGAGUAGGAAUGUUCAGAAGAUUGUGGAUGCAAACAAGGCAAUACAAAAAGUUAAUAAAAGUCUGAAUGGUGUCCAUGGCAAUUUGGGAGAGUGGAAUGAGGAGGCCAAUACAGUGCUUCAAGGGGCGAUUGACAGGGCCAAUGAGGUGUAUGAGAAUCUGAAUCCCGAGAAAAACGGCGGCGGUACAAAUGGUCACGUUGGCAUUAAAAUCGGUGACAUUGAAGAUAAUAAUGCUGCAAUUAAGCAGGCGAAUGAACAACUUAAAGAACAUGUCACCAGUCUGGAGCAUUGGAAGACUGCGGCUGAGAAAAUCGUCCAAGCUGGGCAAAAGAAGUGUGAGGAGAUACUUAAGAGGGUGGAUGACAAGACGAAGGGAUCAGGCCAAGUUGCAAUUAAAGAGCAGGCUGAAGCAUUGCGGAAAAAAGCGGAGAGCCUUUUGAACGCUUACAGCCAGGCGCAUGGGAAUGUUACUGGUUUAGUAAGUAAAGUUACUGAGGCCGUUAAAGAUUUGGAAGCCGGCAUGAAAGAUGAUUUGCGGAGGCUGCAAAAGGAUAUUGUGAACAGUAUGAAAAAGCAUGUUGGUGAAAUGCUUUUGCAGAUUAAGGGGCAAGUGGGACAGAUUAAGGGGAAGGAUAGGGGUGAUUGGGGAAAUUCAGGCGCCUCAGGUCUUUUGGGAAUUGAGGAGGCAGUGCAUAAUUAUGCCACUGCUUUUCGCAACGAUAAUUUUGCAGAAAUUGCGAAGGGCUGGUUGGAGGCCACUGUAUUAAAACACAACGGCACCGUGAGGAGGAUACUCGGGUGGAAGCAUGGGCAUAAUAUGACGGGUAACAUCAGUGCUUUCGCAAUUGGAAUGAAAACGAGACUCAGCGAUGAUGUUAAUAGUGUAGCCAAAGAGGCGUUCAAAUCUGUUAAUAUCGUCAGCGGCGGUAUCACUGAAAGUAUUCAAGCUGUCCAAAGGCUUUGCGAAGAAAUUGCCACGGCGCUGGAUAAAGAGCUUUAUACUGCUGAACGAAAAACAGUCGACUAUGUAAAGGAAAAGGCGUUGAACGUGGGACGGCUCGUCGCCAAUAUUAAAAAUUGCGUCUGCGAGUGCGACGCACAAUGCACAAAAUGCAAAAAUGGAGAGUGUGGCAAAAAAGCCGCCGCGGAAUUGAUAAUGUGCGCGCUCACCUCUACAGUGCGGCAAGUGGGCAACGAACUGGAAUCUGUAUUUCUCGGCGGCGGUGCAAAGGUGGGCGGCAACAGAAGCAUCGCACAGGAAUUGGACAGCGUCGUCAGCCUGACUAGGACGCUGGACGAUAAUCUGGGAGAGGCGGAAAAAGAGGCGAAAAAUGAUCAUCAACCUUCCACCCCCGGCAACCAGGACAAUGAAAUUUUGAACAAAGUUAAGGGGGUUGAGCAGCAGGUUAAAAGUGCGAUGAAGGAAACGACGAGCAUUGAUGAGAACUUCAAACAAAUCAUGCCACUUUAUGAAGCGGCGAAGGGUGAAAACGGUGUCGGUGACCAUAAAUAUCACAAUUUGCUGAAAACUGAUAUCCCCAACGCACUUAAGGACUUUGCGCCUCAUGUCGACAACGGAAAGAAUGAAGGAAUCAUAAAACAAAAAACAGAAGAAAUUAAAAAACAUCUCUCCACAAUAGACGGAGAACUGCAAGAAAUCGCCAGACUGGUAGACAAGGGGAAGGGACAGGCGCCGGCAGGCCAAAAAGACGGCGUCAAGGAUUACCUGGGGGAUUUGGAGAAGAUGGUUACUAAUAAAAAUGGUGAGCAUAGUAUUUCCUCCAAGCUAGAUGAUGGUACAGAGAAAAAAGUCCAAGGCCUCGCCGCAAUUCAGUCCAAGAUCCACGGCCUGCAAACAGGGACGUUCAAAGAGAAACCCGGCGAAAUCGACUCAGCCGUCGAGCAAAUUAAGGCGCAGCUUGGCACUAUCAGAACCACGCUGCAAAAUGAAAAUGGAGCAACAGAUCAAGAUGUCAUCAAAAGACUGCAAUAUAUGAAAGUCACUGGGCUUGGUGACAGUGACACUGCAAAAUGGAAAGUUGGACAAAAUGAUGUUAAUGGUCUCGGGAAUAUUAAGAGUGACCUUGAAAAGCAGAAUAAGCAACUGGGCGAGCAAAACAAGAUUAUUGGAGAUGCUGUAAGAAAAAUUCAGUUGCAACUUAGAUAUCUUGGAUUCAAGUUGGACCAUGACUUCGUCCCCGAUGACAUCAUGGAUCAAUUGCAAAAAUUAAAAAGUGAGAUUGAUAAAGUGGACUACAAAAAGGGGAAUUUACUUCGAACCCCAAAGCCAUCGGAGAAGCUGGACAACGAGGCGACAACUGAGUUGAACAUAAAUAAUAACAAAGCAAAGGGCUUGGAGAAUAUUAAAGAUGGCCUUCACGCUCAACAAAGUGAGUUGACUGGACAACCCAAGAACAUAGAGCAAGGCGUCACCCAAAUCACCGGGGAGCUUACAAGGCUGAGGAAUGAGUACCUAAAUAAGGAUGCCGGUGAGCCAGAUAAAAGAGGCGUGAUCAAGAAUAUGGAAUUUAUGAUAGAGAAGAUUGGAACAAAUGAUGACGAUCCUAAUAGCCUCAGAAAAAUUAAGAAAGAAAUCAACGAUGUCAAAAACACUCAGGUUCCCAUUGUGACCAGUAAGCUCAAUGAGCUGUGCGCCAAGAUUGCGAGCGAAGCCGGUAGUGUGGAUUGGAAGUUGGGGCUUUUCAAAGAGAAUAACAUCGACAAAGACCUCGAAAAAAUCAAGUCACAAAUUGACACCCUCCGCAUAGAUGACCUCCACAAGGCCAUCGCCAUGUGCGACAAUUUCCUAACCAACGCCGUUUACAUAAAAUGGGAGAAAGUAGAAAACAUUGAACGCUUCGUAGACAGUGAGAUUGAAAAGGCAAUCGCGGAGCUCAGCAAGCAGGCGCGGCGGGACUACGUGGAGUCCGCGAAGGACGCGCUGAAACACUUCGCCGACAAGGUGGCCGAGGAGCUGGGGGAGCUGCCCGGCGAGAUAAACAGGGAUCUCUUCGUGGGCUACAAGGGCUUCAUGAAAUAUGCGUACGGACAUUUUGACAGCCUCCAAAACGUGAGGGAAGAGAAAGAAAUUGCCGUCAUAUCCUCCGCAUUCCACAGCUUCUUCGCGCCGCUCGACGAGCAUCUCCGUGAGGAGAUUGAGAGAGUGAAGAAACAGAGUGACGACGAAAAGAAUCCCUCACUGCCGAAGUCGGAAGAGCCCUACGCCGCCGAGUGGGACGCCGUGCACAGCGAUGUCAACGCCCUGCUCAAUUACCUCUGCGUGACGCAGGGCUUCGACGACAGGCUGCGAGGCCUGCUCCACAACCUCACCGACGCGCUCACACAGCUGAGGCCGCAGGGCUUCCAGAAGCCCUCCACUCCCACGCUGGACUCCGUGAGCAGGGGACUCAGUGCCUUCGUCGGGGAGUUCGGCGGUGCGUACGUCUCUCGCUACUCGGGCGCGGAGUGCCGGGAGGCUGACGCCGACAAGUACGCCAAGGUCUUUCUCACAGUGCUGCCCACACUGCACGACGCCUUCACCAGGCUGGCGGAGCAGUGCAAGACUGGCGGCAAGUGGAGGGAUUUGCAUAUUAAUUCAAGCAGUAAACUCGGCGCUUUCCUCCAACGCUGCGGCUACAAGGUCUCCACCUCUCCCUUUGACCAGGACGGCGAGCUGCGCGACGACUGCAACGGCCGCGACGUGUAUGUCCUGGUCAGCCAGAAGAUUAAGGAGACAGAAGCCAACAAACACCUCAAAAAAUGCCUGGCCGUACAACAUACAUGUAAUCUCCUACAGCUCCUCAAAUGCCUCUGCAACCACCUCCACCAGUACUAUAAGACGUGCCACCUCAAACUGCAUCCCUCACCCCGGCCGCCGUGUUCCAUCUACGAGAUGCUCGUCUGGUGCUGCGGGCUCCCGCACAACGCCGUGUACCUGGGCCUCAACUCCGAAGCACUGCCUUUGCUGUUCGAGGCGGAGGAGCCGGACUCCUGGGACUCCGAAGUGGCCCUCACUGACCUCAGCAGCCUGGCGCUUAAGGCCCACCCGCAGCACAUCACUGUCACUUCCCUCACCGACGCACUCACGGAGGUCUGCCACCGAUCGCAUUCAGUGCUCACCACCCUACUCGGCUACGGCCACGCAGAUGGCAUCUACGCCUGCGACUUCAACACCAACCCGGCAGGCCUGCUCUAUCCCUGUGACGCCGACGCUUUGCUCUGCCUGCUGUACGAUGUGCUCAAACGCCUCCACCAACAGCUGUAUCUCCUCUACCGCCGGUGCCUCUACAACACCCGGCACGGAGGAUGGCUUGACUGCUGGUACGGCCGGGGAGUCGGUGGCUCCAGUUGGAAGUGCAACACCAUGCAGUGUGCCAACCAAAUAUGUGACCAAACCUGUGACCAAAUAUGCAACCAAAGCUGUGACCAACACCCCAAGUGCGGCGUCAAGUCGCCGCUCCAGUCCUUCUUGGAGGACGGCCUGGUGGGCUUCCUGCCGCAUGACCUGUCCCCCAAGGACACCUGCGUCAAGUGCUCUGCCUGUGACACCAAGUCACCCGGCCUACCGUGCAAGACGCCCAUGGGCCUCUCCAACAUUACCAGGCUGGCCUCCCGUGCCUCCCAAGGCAGAGCCAUCAUGGACGUCCUCGGCGCCUUCUGCGGCGGCGCUUCAUCCCCCCUCACCAGGCUGUGCAGUUUCCUGACUUGCCUCCUCACUCGCCCACCUAGGACGCCAGCCGACCUGUUCGCCUUUUAUUAUCAUCUCUUACAGGACUGGACUGACGGCGUUGCCCACCGUAAGGCGGCCUUCGAGGGCGCCGUCGGCACUGCGUGCUUCUGGCAGCGGGGCGUCACACUGGACGUCAGUACAAUCUUCGGCAGCAGCAACCAUGGCUCCGAGCAGAAUAUGCCUCACCUCACCGGAGACCUCUUCUCUCUCGUCGAGUGCAACGGCAGUCCAGGCUCCUCUCCGUCACACCCCUGCGGCCCCUACCUCAAGCCCCUCGGCCACGACGUCCGCGCCACAUUCGCCAAGGCACACGCCCACCUCUACCUCUCGUGGGUGGUAUACCUCACGGAGACAUUCUACAACUUCCUCUGUUCACUGCUCCAAGACUGCGAGCGCAACUGCGCCGACGCCACGUCCAACUGCCACGCCAGGAGCUGCGACAACGACUGCACAGCCAAACGACGGCCACUGGCCCCGGACUCCAAUCACCUUGAAUCAUGCCCCUCCAUCGCGGACUGCCACCACACCACGCCCACGCUCUUCCAGUACGGAUUCGUCCUCAGGGACCCACACUCCCUCGCCGGCUCCACCAGCGGCCACCAAGGCAAGCGCACCUGCGAGGAUUUCUGCCGGGCACUGCAAGUCGCCGUCAAGCACAUGAACCCUCUCCACAAGCUGGCGCACGAGACCAUCCCCGAGUACCUCUACGGCAUCCGUGCCCCCUUCCUCUUCUGCAUCAUAGCGCUCUGGCUCACCGCCACGCUCUACAUCGCCCACUCACUGCUCUACCGCAUGGACGUGCUGCGCAUCCGCUCGCACCUACUUACCACCAGGGCCUCACACCUCAUCGACGUCAAGGCGCUGCUCGCCGGCAGCCGCAGGAUGCUCUCACUAUACGGUGAUGUCGAUUACUUUGACGAUGACUUUCACUCAUGA